AUGAAAACAUUAAAUCAUACAGAUCAAAUUGAAGCUUUAAACACUAAACUAUCGAUUGUACAAGCAUUAAGAAAAUUAGAUUGGUUUUUAGACGGUGAUGAAAAAUUUACUGAUAUUUAUCGUGCUUAUCAAAAUAUAGUUUUUGAAAAAAUUUCUGGCGUUAGUCAACAAAUUAUAGAUGCUAUUAAAGAUUUUGAUUAUCAACGAGUUGCUGACAAAAUGUUGGCAUUACAAUCAUCGAAUAAAGAUGAAAUGAAAGCAUUACAGUCACCUAAUGGAGUAGAAAAAUAUUACUAUGUAGAAUUUAAACGAUCGCUUAAUGCUGGUUUAAAUCUAUUGAUGGAAGGAACUAAAGCUCAAGCGAUUACACUUGAAAAUAAUAUAGAAAUAGAAGAAAUAAAAUUGAUAGUAGAAAAUUUGAAAACAAUGGAAAAAGCAAAACAAUUUAUAGAAAACCAUUUAGAUGCACCAAAUGAAAUAGAUUAUUGUGUAGAAGAUGUUAAAGAAAAAAUCGAAAAGCAAAUAAAACGUUUCUUAGUAGGAGUAAAAGCUCUUAUAGAUAAUCAUAAUUUCUUUGAAGCAGUUAAAAAAAUUGAUUCUAUCACGUUAGUACGUAUUUUAUUAGGAAAGUAUUAUGAAAAAGAAAUUUUCUAUCAGAUCGAAGCAUUAAAAUACUCUGUUGAUAAAUAUGCAGAAAUGGAUAUUAGUCAAUAUACUUUGAAUCCACCAACAGAUAUUUUUGCAAGAUUUGAACAAGUUAACGACACAAAUCCAGUAUAUAAUGAAGCUUUAAGUACAAUAAGAGAGAAAAUUUUGACUAAAUUCAGAGAAGAAUUAGAUAAAGCUAAAUCAAAACAACCACCAGAAUCGAACAACAUACAUAUAAGACGAUUCGAAUC